AUGGCUUUAAAGCGAGUUUUUGAAAUGUUGAAGAAGAGGUUCGCUGAUGGUGACGACGACUCGCCUCUAAACUUCAAGUACAUUCUCCAAGUACAGUGGAUGAUGAGCACCGUAGGGUCGUGGCCACACAAACAGUUCGGUCGGAACACACUCCACGCUGUACUAGCGUUAUAUAAUCUCUCGAUAAUUGCUGUAUUUACCACUAUGAUAGUUCUUGGCGCUCUCUACUUGAAAAAAUACGGAGAGGAUAUAUCGUUUUUCGUUUCAGGACACAUAUUUUUAUGCAUGGUUUUCCAUAUUUUGUGUAUAAUAAGAUUAUCGUUGACUCAGACUAAAAAGUACCAAGAAGCAAUUAAGGAUUAUUUACUUGAAUUUCACCUGUUUUAUUUCAAGAAUCGAUCAGACUAUGCUGCUAAGAUAAACACGCAGAUUCAUAUAAUAUCAGGAAUGUUCACAUUGUACGUGAUAUGUCAAAUGGCCAGCGGUUGUGUGUUAUUCAUGUUCAUGCCGUGGUACAACAACUAUAGCAACGGCAUGUUUGGUAAGAACCGACCGGAGAACAGCACGUUUGAACAAGCCGAGUAUUUCUACCUGCCUGAUUAUUAUUAUACAACUUUAAAAGGUUACUGGAUAUUAUUCACGUUUAACUGUGUCACAUCUUACAUCGCUACUAUUGGCCUAUUCGUGUUCGACCUUCUGAUUUGUUUGAUGGUAUUCCAAAUCUGGGGCCACCUUAAAAUUUUGAGACAUAACUUGUUAAAUAUUCCGCUGCCAGAAAAUGCUAGAAGUGGCAUGUAUUCUAAAGAAGAAAAUAAUCAAAUCCGAUUAUUGUUGAAGGAAAUUAUCAUCCAUCACAACUUGAUUAUAAAAUUCGUGGACAGGUGCACAGAUGCAUUCAGCGAGUACCUGUUCACGUUCUACCUGUUCAUGCAGUUCGUCACCUGCGUGUUGCUGUUGGAGGUGUCGUCACUCACGGCGGAAACCCUGGUCAAAUAUGGCCCCUUGACCAUUGGGAUGCAUCAGCAGCUAAUUCAAGUCUCUAUACUAUUCGAAAUAUUGAAUACUAAGAGCGAGCAGCUAAUCGACGCCGUAUAUGCCACACCAUGGGAACAGAUGGACAAGCGCAACCGAAAAACGGUGAUGUUCUUGAUGCACAAAAUCCAGAGGCCCGUCAGCCUGAAGGCUGCUAAGAUGGUACCGGUGGGAGUCAACACUAUGUCCGCGGUUCUGAAAACUACGUUCUCGUUUUACAUGGUGCUGAAGGCUUUAGCUAAAGAACGAUGA